AUGUCAACAAACUGGUUAGAUCUAUUAUCUAGGGAUUACUUGGUGCUCCUAGAAACUAGCGAACAUUAUGAUAUAGUGAUUCAUGUGGGUCAGGAGCCCGAAGUUAAAGAAUUUAGAGCACAUUCAUUAGUAUUACGAACGAGAUCUACAUACUUCAAGGCAGCACUGUCGAGUAAUUGGGCUCGUUUGGAAGGCGGUUUAUUUGUUUUCAACAAACCGAAUAUAUCUCCCAAAGUAUUCGAGAUAAUAUUAAAGUAUAUAUACGGGGCCACCGUAGAUUUACCAGAAAAGGAUGUGGAGUUCAAUAUUGACGUCCUAACGGCAGCAGAGGAGUUGUGCUUGUCGGAUCUAUUUGAAUACAUAGAGAAUCAUCUGCUCAAUAAUCCAGAGGGGUUACUUGCUCACUUUGCUUUAGUGUAUCACUUUGCGAGAAAGCAUGAACAAUUUAGAAGGUUGUUAGAAUUCUGUGACAAUACUAUGGAACAGGAUCCAUCAAUCAUAUUCGAAGCUGAGGAUUUUGUCAACAUGAAUCAGGUUACUUUGAUCUCCAUACUUAAAAAGAAAUUCUUGAUCAUUAGGGAAAUUGAGCUGUGGGAUAAAUUGGUAGAAUGGACGAUUGCUCAGGUUCCCUCGCUUUCGUCUGAUCUGGAAUCUUGGACUCCGGAGGAUUUUAUUACGUUUGGUAAAAUUGUCCAAUCAUUCUUGCCAUAUGUUAAUUUCUCAUUGGUUAGUCACGAGGAUUUUAACAAAAAGGUUAGGCCAUUUAAGCGUUCGUUUGGUGACGAUCUUUAUGCCCGAAUACUGGAGCACCACUUAUCGCAACUUAAUGUUGCUACAGCGACGUUAUUUCAAACCUGGAGUCAGGAUAUCGAUUCAAAACUGAUUACAAUGAAGCAAUCAGCAUUGAUUUGCGGAUGGAUGGUAAAUGAUUGUAAUAUACAACCUCAUAAUAUUCCAUUUGAAUUUAGGUUGUUAGUGAGAGGUAGUCGUGACGGAUUUGGUCCAAAAACCUUUCAUGAACGAUGUGAUCUAAGAGGACCAACAAUUACUGUAUUGAGAGUACACCAUUCAGGUGAAGUACUUGGGGGAUUUAAUCCUCUGAAUUGGGAAACACACGUUGACGGGAUAUUUAAUCGAACAAAGAAAAGUUUCAUAUUUUCACUUGGACACGAACAGUUGAACAAUGCUAUAUAUAGUAAAGUGAGAGAACCGAAUAAGGCGAUACUGCAGUGUGUGGAAUAUGGUCCGUGUUUUGGAUCAGACUUGGCGUUGGUUGGCAGCCAUGAUGGGCACUGGGAAGCUAGAUGUUUGAAGGGAAACUAUGAGAAUCGUAUAAGUCCGGGAAACUAUGUAUUUUUUGUCAACGAAUACGAGGUGUUUCAAAUCGUUAGAAAGUCGAUUUGA